UUGCAUAGGUUACAAGUCACUUUUUAACAUCUAUCAAUAAGGAUAUUUAAGUCUACGCCCCAUAAUGGGGCGUAGACUUAAAUAUCAAAUCACCAUCAAAAAGGCGUUUUGCACUAAAUUGAUGUUUUUUUUUUUUAAUUGGGAUUAACUCUGAAAUUAGCCGAAAUCCAGAAAAGUUUAUACGACAUUUUAGUCUCAAAAUGUGAUCAGGAAUACACUGUUAAAAUCUUUCGGUUUCCUCAUGUUACACCGUGUGACAUUUGUAGUGACAUUUUAAAAUAAGAUUCCAACACGGACUACUAAGGAGCCAUAACCUGUUUGUAGUUUAUUGUGUGGAAACCGGUUUACGCUCAAACAAGUACACUUCAGAAAACUUUAGGUGGUGAGAACUGGUCGGCGGGGCGGGGAACGGUCCCGCUCGAGGCGGCGCGAGGCCGCGCUGGCGGCGCGCGUCCGGCCGAGCCAGUCGGAGCCCGCUAGCGUCUCGUCACCGACGUACACAUUUCAGACAAUAGGUGAAGAGACAUGGAAGCCUUCAUAGAAAGCGUACGCGCUCAACCCUGUCUUUGGAACCCACUGCACCCUGACUACAGAGAAAUGCAUAUGAAGGACGAAGCCUGGCAAUGCGUCGUAGACCAAAACAACGAUCCUUCUAUCCCUAACAUACAAAUUGCAAAAUCAGAAUGGAAGAAACUGCGUGAUAACCACCGAGACGCUUUAAAGCGUGCCAAGCUAGGAAAGAAUAAAUUACUCCCGGCUCAGAUAACCACUUGGAAGUACGCUAAACACAUGCAAUUUCUCGAACCGCACAUGAAGUAUCGUAUUACGGAGCAUAUUGACAUGGAACCUAUAAAUGACAGUGGAUCGAAGCGACAGCGAGAUGUGAGCGCGCCCUCUCCUAGUACAGAGCCCAGCAUGGCAGCGCCGCCUGUUAAGCGGCGGUGCCCCGACCGCGCCAUCGACUCAGACCCAGCACCCAGUACUCGAAAGGACUCCGAUGCUUUAGAAUCCUUCUUUAACUGUAUUCUCAAAAGUACAAGAGAAAUGCCACCUUGGAUGCAAACCCAAGUUAAGAAAAAUAUAUUUGCAGUAAUAAUAGACGCGGAGGAACAGCUAUCGUCUCGUCAGGCAGGAUCGCCCGACCAAAGCUGCGAAGAUGUCCCGAGAGAAAAUAAGAUUAAGUGUGAAGUAAUCACCGAUGAUUACUGAAGCAAUUAGGAAAAAAGGUAUACCUGGGUUAGUUUUUGGCGCGCUAUUUGCCCUUCGGUUUGCAUUCCAAGCGCGAGUCGUGACAAGCGAGGGGCGUCGUGACAUGUUCAGCGUGAAUCUUGGGCUCGCUGAUAAAAAGGACGCGGACACUAUAUCUUCCGCGAUCUUAUUGCCCUGCCUUUGUUCUGUAUUUACAAAUAAAGAUGACUAGUGAUGACUAUG